AUGACGUGUCCUGUGGGACCCGAGUGGGACCAGGGCCUUGUGCCCGGUUUUAUUGCUGACAGCGGCCGUCUGACGGGCUGUCCCGGGGCGGGCAGCGAGCCGGUGGGUGAUUCCUGGCAGCUCUGUGGGCGUUUGCGAGGGGGGAUGCUGAGACAGGGACCCACCUCACGCAUUCCCGGAGGCGGCGGCGUGAUGAUGAUGAUGAUGAAGUGUCGCAGCCUUUUAACCAUCUUUGGAAGCUUUCUAAAAAAACCUGUCAUCAUGGGGAUAUUUAGCCCAAAUUACAAUAAUUUAUUGGAAAUGUUUGAUGAAGAACUGGAUAACUGCAGGUGUAUACAUCAUGAACACACUAAAAAGGUGGAAAAAGGGAAUGAAAUAAUUAACAAAAAGUGCCAGUUACUUCAGGAAGCCUUAAAUGGUCUAAAAGUCUUAGAAAGUCCAGAAGCUGCUUUUAUUUCUCAGCAAUAUGUGGAGUUGUUGAAAUUCCUUGACCAAUACGAAGAUCAGACCUAUUGUGAAUGGAAGGUUCAGGUGGAUGAAAUUUGCCAGUGUAAUUUAGACCAACCUCUAAUUAAGCAUAAUCCCGAAAAUAGCCUCCUGAGUGUGAAGUUUGACCCUAAGUGUAGCGGAAGUCUUAAACUUCUUGCUCAGCUGAACAACAGUCUAAUGCAGACUUCCCUGCAGUUAGAAUAUCCUCUGAUUGAAAAAGAGCUGAGAAUUAUUGAUUACCAGCUAAAAGAAGCAGAAGUAUGCAUGUGUCAGGUGAUGACAACCUGCUGGGACCGCAUCAAACAAGUGAAAAAGAAAGGUAAAAAAGAAGCUCUGUUAUACCUGUUAUACCUAUACAAAGGAGAAAGGCUUGCUAGAAUAUACAAAAUGCUGCAAGAAGACAGCUACCAGAUCCAUCAUCUUGUUGAGGAAAAUUUAAAGCUCUUCAGAGCAGUUUCCUCCUCAGACUCUUGGAAGAUUUAUCUAGAGUACAUUGAUGACAUUGUGGUCGAUGGUUUAUAUAACACCAUAAUGCAUUCUUUAGACUUCUUUUUGGAGAACACAGAAGGUUGUUUGAAGCCAGCUCCACUUUUUCAAGUACAAAUGAUCCUUAAUGGCACAGAGAUUCAAUUUAAACCUUCUCUAGAUACAGAGUCUGGUGGAUUUUAUGACCUAGUAGAUGAACUCCUGGGUGAUGUUUUUGGAAUGUCUUCCCAGGUGGAAAGGGUAGCAGCGCAUCUGGGAUCAGAACAUUACCAGAGUGAUAUGGACAAGCUGUUUGAUUCAUCUGUAAUCAGGCAGCAGAGUAUGGAGAGAGUGGCAAAUGUUACCAGCAAAGCCUUGGAGCACAAAAAAUCUCUUGCUAGCUAUGCAUCUCUCUGGCUGGAGGAUCAGUCCAAGUUCAUGCUACAAUUCCUUCUCCAUGGCCAUGGUUUAGCAUCCACAGAGAUGCCUCUUACUGACAAAUUCUCUCAACAGCCUCCCACUGUUAAACUAUUUAAAGAUCAAAUUGACAACUAUGAAAAUCUUUAUGUUCAGAUAAGCAAGUUUGAAGACUCAAAAAUUUUUGAAAGUUGGUUUAAAGUGGAUGUGAAGCCUUUCAAAAUGAGCUUGCUAAAACUUAAGAAACGGAGCUGGAUGUUUAAGGAGUAUCUCUUGAGAUUUGUCCUUGUUAGUCUGACUGAUUUAGAAGAAUUUAUAAAAGUGUCAGAUUCUGGACUUCAAAGAGAGAUGACGGAGGGAGAUUAUUGUGUGCUGGUAGAAAUCAUGGGCCACCUCUUGGCUGUGAAAGAGAGGCAGACAACUGCUGAUGAACUCUUUGAACCUUUAAAAGAGAUGGUUGCACUGUGAGAAAGCUAUGGACAGAAGAUGCCAGGUGAAGUUUGUGCCCAGUUAGAGGAAUUACCUGAAAAAUGGAAUGCCGUUAAGAAGAAAGCUGUGUCAGUAAAACACAAAGUAACUCCUCUUCAGGCCUCUCAAGUUGCAGUUAUCAGAAAUCAUAGAAAAUGCACUUUACUUAAUGCAAAUCAAGAGCUUGAGAUGCUGGAAAAGGAAAUGUUUCUAAUGCAGGAAUCUGCAAAACUAUUUGAAGUAGCUGUUCCAGACUACACGCAAAUGAAACAAUGUCGAAAAGAAGUGCGGUUGCUCAAGAAAGUUUGGGAUAUUGGUGUUUAUAUUAAUAGCAGCGUUGAUGAUUGAGCUAAAACCCAGUGGAGACAGAUUAAUGUGGAACAGAUGGAUGUGGAGCUCAGAGGGUUUGCCAAGGAAAUGCGGUCUUUGGAUAAAGUUCAUUCCUGGGAUGUAUAUGGAGGCUUAGCAUUAAAGCUGAAGAACCUGAUGUCGUUACUGAGGGUGAUAUUGGAGUUGCAAAAUUCUGCAGAGAGACACUGGUACCAGGUCACGAAUGUGACAGAAGUCAGGCUUUUAGUAGCAGAAGAUACUACCUUGACAGACCUUCUGGGACUCCAGCUUCAUAAAGUAGAAGAUGAAGUCCAAAAUAUAGUUAACAACGCUGUGAAAGAGUUGGGUACUGAAAAGAUUUUGACAGAAAUCAGCCAAACAUGGGCUGCCAUUGAAUUUUCUUAUGAGGAGCAUCAUAGGAAUGGAGCUCCUUUAUUAAAGUCAGAUGAACAGCUGCUUGAAACUUUAGAUAACAAUCAAGUUCAUCUGCAAAUGAUUCUAAAAAGUAAAUAUGUGGCAUAUUUCAUUGAACAAGUGAGAAGUUGGCAAAAUAAAUUAAACAUGGCAGAUUCUGUCAUAUCCAUUUGGAUGGACAUUCAACACACGCGGUCUCAUCUAGAAGGUAUUUUCACUGGCUCCGAAGAUACUAGAAGCCAGCUGCCUGAAGAGGCAAACAGAUUUGAUGAAAUCAACAGCGACUUCAAAGUGACCCAUCAUCUCACCAAACGUUUUGACAACAUUGCUGAUCUUGAAUUUCAAGAGAAUAUAGAGAAAUCUAGAAAUGCUGCCCUUGGGAUGUACAGCAGAGAAAAGGACUAUGUUCCAUUCCAUGAAGAGUGUGGAUGCAGUGGUCAGUGUUAUAUUACUCCAACCCAGUCUCUCCACCUAACAAUAAGCGGUGCUCCUGCGGGACCAGCUGGCACAGGUAAAACAGAGACCACCAAAGAUUUAGGCCGUGCCCUUGGUAUGAUGGUUUACGUCUUCAACUGUUCCGAGCAGAUGGAUUACAAGUCUGUAUGGAAUAUCUAUAAAGGCUUGGUCCAGACAGGAGCCUGGGGAUGCUUUGAUGAAUUCAGUCACAUCUCGGUAGAAGUUCUGUCAGUGGUGGCAGUACAAAUCAGGACUAUACACAAUGCCAUUAGGAACAAGAAAAAGAAAUUAGUAUUUUAGCAGUGGUUUUUUUUCCUUGGUGAAAACAUUACAUUGAAGUCAUCAGUUGGAAUAUUUAUUACCAUGAACCCAGGUCGGACAGAACUACCUGAAAAUCUCAAAGCUCUGUUCAGACCCUGUGCCAUGGUUGUCCCUGACAUUGAACUGAUCUGUGAAAUUAUGUUGGUUGCUGAAGGGUUUAUUGAUGCACGCCUAUUAGCCAGGAAGUUUAUUACCUUGUGUUCUCUCUGCAGAGAGCUGCUUUCUAUACAGGACCAUUAUGACUGGGGACUUCGUUCUAUCAAGUCAGUUUUGGUAGUUGCUGGCUCACUGAAACAAGGAGAGAACAGACCUGAGGAUCAGGUGCUUUUGCGAGCCUUAAGAGACUUCAAUUUGCCUAAAAUAGUGACAGAUGAUCUCCCAUUUUUCACGGGCCUGAUCAGUGACCUGUUUCUAGCUCUGGAAGUUCUGAGAAAGAGGAAUGCACAAUUUGAACAGAUGGUUGAACAAUCUACCCUGGAGCGGCUCUUGCAGCCUGAAGAGACCUUUAUUCUCAAAGUUGUUCAGCUGGAGGAGCUACUGGCAGUGCGUCACUCUGUGUGUGUUGUAGGAAAUGCAGGGACUGGAAAGAGCAAGGUGCUGAAAAUUCUGCAUCGCACAUAUAUGAACAUGAAACAAAAGCCUGUUUGGAAUGACCUUAACCCAAAAGCUCUGACAGCUGGUGAACUUGGUUUCAUACACCAUGCAACCCGAGAAUGGAAAGAUGGUCUCCUGUCAUCUCUUCUGAGUGAGCAAGCUAAUACUACUCAUGAGAGGCCAAAAUGGUUAGUUUUAGAUGUAGAUAUAGAUCCUAUGUGGAUUGAGUCGCUUAACACUGUUAUGGAUGAUAACAAGGUCCUGAACCUUACAAGUAAUGAACGUGUCCCUAUGACUCCGUCAAUGCGGCUGCUGUUUGAGGUACACCAUUUAAGAGCUGCUACCCUGGCUAUGGUGUCCAGAGCUGGUAUUCUCUAUCUGAACACCCAGGACCUGGGGUGGAACAGGUACGUUGCCAGCUGGAUAGAAACAAGGAGAUACCAAUCUGACAAGGCGAACUUGACUGUUCUCUUUGAUAAAUAUGUGCCUCCCUAUUUAGAACAACUCAGAACAAGAUUUAAAACUGUUAAUUCUAUUCCUGAAAAUAGUAUGGUUCAGACACUCUGUUCUCUGCUGGAUUGUUUGCUGACCCCUGAAAAUGUGCCAGUGGAUUGCCCCAGAGAGCUCUAUGAGAUGUAUUUUGUCUUUGCUUGUAUUUGGGCAUUUGGUGGGGCACUCUCUCAAGACCAGCUUUCAAAUUACCAAGCUGAAUUCAACUGCUGGUGGCUUAAGAAGAUGAAGGCAGUGAAGUUUCCGUCCCAGGGCACAGUGUUCGAUUAUUACCUUGAUCCAGAGACAAGGAAGUUCCUACCCUGGGUGGAUAAGGUCCCAAGUCCUGCUGUGGAUCCAGAUGCCCCACUAUAGGCAAUCUUUGUUCACACAUCUGAAACUGCACGUCUAAAAUAUUUUAUUGAUUUACUCUUAAUAAAAGGCAAACCAGUCAUGCUUGUUGGAAAUGCUGGAGCAGGAAAAAUGGUGUUUGUGGGCAAUAGGCUUGCUGCUCUUUCUGAAGGCUACCUCCUAGCUAACAUCCCUUUCAACUACUAUACAACAUCAGCAGUGCUCCAGAAGAUGCUUGAAAAAAGGCUGGAGAAAAAAGCUGGUCAUAACUAUGGUCCAGUAGGAAAUAAGAAACUUAUAUAUUUUGUUGAUGAUUUGAAUAUGCCUGAAGUGGAUAGAUAUGGAACGGUUCAUCCUCAUGCAUUGAUUUGGCAACAUAUAGAUUAUGGACACUGGUAUGAUAGGCAGAAGCUAACUAUUAAAGAAAUUAAUAAAUGUCAGUAUAUUGGCUGUAUGAAUCCAACUGCUGGCAGCUUCACUAUCAAUCCUAGACUCCAGAGACAUUUUUCAGUAUUUGCUUUAAACUUCCCUUCUUCAGAUUCACUGACUACCAUCUACAGCAAGGUAGUUUGCUUCCACAUCCAGAAACAUGCUUUUACACUACCAGUAAUCAAGAAUAUUCCAGCCAUAGUACAAGCAGCCAUAUGGCUUUACCAGGCGGUGAUUCAAAACUUCCCUCCAACUGCUAUUAAGUUCCACUAUUUCUUUAACAUAAGAGACCUCUCCAGCAUCUUCCAGGGCAUUCUGUGUGCUACACACAAGUGUUUACAGCAACCAAAUGAUCUUCAACGUCUUUGGCUUCAUGAAUCAGAACGUGUCUAUGGGGAUAAACUGGUGGAAGACAAAGACUGAAAUUUCUUUCAUAAAAUGAUGAUGGACGCUAUGCACAAGUAUUUUGAGAAUGUGGAAGACCAAGUGUUGCUGAAGUCUCCACUCAUCUAUUGCCAUUUUGCAAACGGCAGAGCAGACCCUUGCUACAAGCCAGUGAGAGGGUGGGAAUCACUGAGGAAUAUACUUGAGGAGUUCCUAGAAAGCUACAAUGAAAUGCAUGCUUCUAUGAACCCAGUCUUAUUCGAGGGUGCCAUGCAGCAUGUGUGUUGGAUCAGUCAUAUCCUAGAAGCCCCUAGGGGUUAUGCACUUCUAAUUAGAGUAGGUGGUAGUGGUAAACAAAGCUUGUCAAGGCUGGCAGCGUACAUCUGCUCCCUGGAGGUUUUCCAAAUCACACUGAAGAAAGAGUACGGGAUCCAGGACCUUAGGGUAGAUCUUGCCAGUUUGUACAUCGAGACUGGUGCCAAGAACAUGCCCACAGUGUUUUCGCUGACAGAUGCCCAGGUUCCAGAUGAACGCUUUCUUGUGCUGAUUAAUGACAUGUUGGCAUCAGGAGAGGUUCCAGAUCUGUUCAGUGAUGAAGAUGUGGAUGGCAUAGUUACAGGAGUCAGAAAAGAAGUCCGAGUCCUGGGCCUGAUGGACAUCAGAGAAAGCUGCUGGAAAUUCUUCUUGAGUGCGCUGAUAAGAAAAUUGAAGAUCGUUCUGUGUUUCUCUCCGGCCGGUGCCACGCUGCGAGCGCGAGCUCGGAAGUUCCCAGCCAUCGCUAACGGCACGGCUAUUGACUGGUUUCGUGAGCGGCCGCGGGAGGCCCUGCGCUCCGUCAGCAGGAGGUGCAUUGAGGAAGCCGAGGGGGUCGAGCCACUCAUCCAGGAAUCCAUUUGCGAUUUCAUGGCUUAUGCCCACACCAGUGUGAAUAUGCGGAGUGCCAAAUACUGUCGUAAUGAGAGGCAAUACAAUUACACCACUCCGAAAAGUUUCCUGGAGUAAAUCAUACUUUAUAAGAUCCUCCUAGAGAAGAAAAGCAAGGAGAUGUCAGGACACAUGGAGCACUUGAUGAACAGCAUGCAGAAGCUGAAGGCAGCAGCUUUCCAGGCAGAAAAUCUAAAAUCCAAACUUGCUUCUCAAGAGGCAGAAGUGCAACUGAGAAAUCCAGAUGCUGAAGCUUUGAUUGCUAAGAUAGGGUUUCAGACUGAGAAAGUGAGCCAAGAAAAGGCCAUUGCAGGCGCAGAGGAGCAAAAGGUAGCAACAAUCCAAAGAGAAGUAUAUCUGAGACAGAAAGAAUGUGAGAACAACCUGCUGAAAGCUGAACCCGCUCUUGUUGCUGCUACAGCAGCCUUAGACACGUUUAAUAAGGUUAAGCUUACAGAACUGAAAGCCUUCAUGAACCCACCAAUGGCUGUAAUUAAUGUCGUUGCUGCAGUAGUGGUUUUGCUGGCAUAUAAAGGGAAAGUGCCCAAAGACCGAAGCUCGAAAGCUGCAAAAGUCUUUAUGGGGAGGGUUGAUGUCUUCUUACAAGAUUUAAUCAACUAUGAUAAGGAGCAUAUUCCUCAGAAUUGUCUGAAAGUUGUCAAGGAACAUUACUUGAAGGAUCCAGAUUUCAACCCAAAUUAUGUUCAUACAAAAUCCUUUGCAGCAGCUGGUCUCUGUGCCUGGGCCAUCAAUAUAGUGAAAUUCAAUGAGGUGUAUUGUGAAGCAGAGCCAAAAUGUUGUGCGUUGGCCCAGGCAAAUGCUGAAUUAGCAGCAGCUACAAAACAGCUAGAAGCCAUCAGGAAAAGGCUUCUUGUCCUGGAUAGCAAUCUGCAUAAGCUCACAGCUUCACUCGAGAAAGCAGUUUCAGAGAAAGUCCAACAUCAAGAUGAUAUGAACCAAACAAACAAGACUAUUGAGCUGGCCAACAGGCUGGUCAAAGGACCUGAGUCUGAGAACAUGCGUUGGAGCCAGUCCCUUGAAAACCUCAAAGCACAAAAGAAAACUUUAUGCGGUGACGUCUUAUUAACAGCAGCAGUUGUGUCUUGUUUUGGACCCUUCACAAAACAAUAUUGCCAGGAACUGAUGGAACACUUCCGGAUUCCUUUUCUGAAGUCACAAAAGGUUCCUAUUCCUGUGACGGAAGGCCUGGACCCAAUUGCCACGUUGACGGAUGAUGCUACGAUUGCGGCAUGGAGUAACGAGGGACUGCCUGGUGAUAGGAUGUCAACAGAAAAUGCCACUAUUCUAACAAACUGCGAGCGCUGGCCUCUGGUGAUAGAUCCCCAGCAACAGGGAAUUAAAUGGAUAAAGAAUAAAUAUGGAGCUGACCUUAAAGUCGUACAUCUAGGACAGAAAGGUUUUCUGAUGACCAUUGAAAGAGCUUUGGCUUGUGGAGAGACUCUACUAAUCGAAAACAUGAGUGAAUCUAUUGAUCCCAUACUUGAUCCCCUGCCUGGAAGACAUACAGUUAAAAAGGGAAGACAUAUGAAGAUUGAAGACAAGGAAUGUGAAUUCAACAAGAAUUUCCAUCUCAUCCUUCAGACUAAACUGGCUAACACUCACUACAAGCCAGAACUGUAGGCUCAGACCACCCUCAUUAAUUUCACCGUCACCAGGGAAGGGUCAGAAGACCAGCUGUUGGCUGAGGUUGUUAGUGCUGAAAGGCCAGACUUAGAAAAACGUAAGUCAGCCCUGGCCAAGCAGCAGAACUGUUUCAAGAUCAAGCUCAGGCAGCUGGAGAAUGACAUGCUGCUCAGCCUGUCAGCUGCCCAGGGCAGUUUCUUAGACAGUGAACUUGUAGAGAAACUCGAAUCAACAAAGUCAAUGGCAGCAGAAAUACAGCACAAGAUAGCUGAAGCCAAAGAAAAUGAAGCUGAGAUUCACAGAAGAAGAGAGCAUUACAGACCGACAGCCGUAAGAGCGUCCAUUCUUUACUUCGUUAGUAACAGUCUGAGCAGCAUCAACCCCAUCUGCCAGUUUUCACUGAAGGCUUUCAAUGCAGUCUUCCACAAAGCAAUUAAGCAGGCUGAAAAAUUGGGGGAUAUUCAGUGUCAUAUCUCUAACCUGAUAGAAGCUGUCACAUAGUCAACUUUUCUUUUCACAAGCCAAGGACUUUUUGAAAAGGAUAAGCUCAUUUUCUUGGCCCAAACAGCUUUUCUGAUUCUUCUAAGAAGUAAAGAGAUAGAACUCCUUGAAUUGGAUUUCCUUCUUCGAUUCAGAGUUGCACACAAGAGUGCUGUUCACUUCUUAACUACUCAGUCAUGGAGUGCCGUUAGGGUAGGCUGUGGCAGUGAUGGAUGCGUUCGGGGGUUAGAUAAAGAUAUGGAAGGAUCCACCAAGAGGUGGAAGAAGUGGGUGGACUCAGAGUGUCCAGAAAAGGAAAAGCUCCCCCAGGAAUGGACAAAUAAAAGCUCUCUUCAGAAACUGAUCAUACUGAGGGGACUCCGUCCAGACAGAAUGAUGUAUGCUCUUAGGAAUUUUGUGGAGGAAAAGCUUGGCUCAAGAUAUGUGGUAAACACAAGGAUGGACUUAGCAAAAUCUUAUGAAGAGAGCAGUCCGGCCAUUCCUGUGUUUUUCAUUCUGUCUCCAGGAGUAGACCCACUUGAAGAUAUUGAGACACUAGGCAAAAAGCUUGGGUACACUAUAGAGUCUGGAAGAUUUCAUAACGUCUCUCUAGGACAAGGGCAGGAGAUGGUUGCAGAGGUGGCACUCGAGAAGGCUACCAGAUAUGGCCAUUGGGUUCUUCUCCAAAAUAUUGAUGUAGUAGCCAAGUGGCUAGGAACUUUGGAAAAACUCCUCGAGCAAUACAGUGAAGAAAAUCAUCAUGAUAUCCAUGUCUUUAUUAGUGCUUAACAAGCUGCAGACCCAGAAGAGCACAUCAUUCCUCAAGGAAUACUAGAAAACUCAAUUAAAAUUACCAAUGAACCUCCUACAGGGAUGCUGGCUAAUUUACAUGCUGCUCUCUACAGUUUUCAACAGGAUACCCUUGAGCUGUGUAACAGAGAAGGGGAAUUUAAAAGCAUCGUUUUUUCUCCGUGCUAUUUUCACACGUGCGUUGCUGGGAGGCUGAAGUUUGGCCCUCAGGGCUGGAAUGGAAGGUACCCGUUCAGUGCUAGAGAUCUCGCCGUCUGCACCACUGUCCUCUGCAACUAUUCAGAGACCCAUACGAAGGGAUACGUUCCAUGGGAAGACCUGCGUUACCUCUUUGGUGAGAUCAUGUACGGUGGCCACAUCACCGACGCCUGGGACCGCAGGCUCGGCUGUGUAUAUCUGCAAGAAUUCAUCAGCCCACCUGUGAUUGAAGGGGAACUGGCUCUGGCACCAGGUUUCUUGGCCCCACCAAAUCUGGAUUAUGCUGGAUACCAUGAAUACACAGAUGAAAUGCUUUCAUCCGAAAGCCCUGUACUGCACCCCAAUGCUGAGAUGGGAUACUUGGCAACAGCGUCAGAUAAUCUCUUCAAAACUCUUUUGGAAAUGCAACCCAUGAGUUCAUUUGUAGGAGAGGGAUCAGGCCAGUCUGCAGAGGAAAGGAAGAGCAGCCCAAGCGCAGCGCUCUCCCGCCGCUCCCCUUCCUUGGCCUUUGAUCCGAGCAGGAGCCCUGUGGCUGCUCCAAGAGACUUCCCUUGCAAGCAGCAGCUGAGGAGGAGGUUUCCAGGGAUUUUUAGUUUUCUGGUUAAGAAUGUCCUGGAUACUAUUCUGGAGAUGCUUCCUGAGGAGUUUAAUAUGGCAGAAAUCAUGCAGAAGACUACUGCCUAGAGCCCCUCUGCCCUCGUUUGCCUUCAAGAGUGUGAGAGGAUGAACCUCCUCCUUUCAGAGAUCCGUAGGUCUCUUAAACAGCUGGACCUUGGUCUGAAGGGGGACUUGACGUUUUCUCCUCACAUGGAAGUGUUGCAGUCCGCACUCUUCUAUGAUGCUGUGCCAGACACAUGGACUAAACUAGCAUAUCCAUCCACAUACAGCCUUGCCCACUGGUAAAGUUACAAUCUUCUCAUGCGAUACGGAGAACUUGAGAUCUGGACACAGGACCUUAAGCUGCCAGUAGUGGUGUGGCUUUCUGGCUUGUUCAAUCCUCAGUCCUUUUUGACAGCUGUAAUGCAGAGCACGGCGUGCAAGAACAACUGGCCUUUGGAUAAGGUUUGCUUGACUGCAGAUGUUACCAAAAAGACCAAAGAUGAUUAUGGCCACCCACCAAGGGAAGGCGCAUACAUCUAUGGGCUUUUCAUGGAAGGCGCUAGGUGGGAUGUCCAGCUGGGGACCACAGCCGAAGCCCGGCUCAAGGAACUGACUCCAGCAAUGCCAGUCAUUUUUGUAAGGGCUAUUCCAGUGGAUCAAAGGGAAACUAACAAUAUUUAUGAAUGUCCAGCUUAUAAAACCAAAAGCAGAGCACCAAUUUAUGUUUGGACUUUCAAUCUGCAAAGCCAGGAAAAGCCAGCUAAAUGGGUUCUGGCAGUAGCUUUACUCUUGGCAGUUUAG